GCUGGGAGGAGGUUGCGCCAUUUUGAAUGUGGACAGCAGGAGGAGAGAGUGGGAGGAAAAGCUAAAGGGAGUGAAUGAGCUCUGUUUCCACGGCUGGGCUUAAACAGGGACUCGGACAGAAAUAAACCAGACAAACAGAUCAAAUCAAACAGCCCCGAAGGUCUCGUCUUCACACCGUCCACAUCCUCACAGUCUCAGACGGACCGCUUUGCAACAACACAGAACCAAAAGUUGACCGAGACCGGGCUCCCUCUCGCCAUGGCAGGUGCCGGAGGCGGGGGCAACGAUGUGCAGUGGUGUUUCUCGCAAGUAAAAGGGGCCAUCGACGAUGACGUAGCUGAAGCUGACAUCAUAUCUACUGUGGAGUUCAACCACUCAGGGGAACUGUUGGCCACAGGAGACAAAGGCGGUCGGGUCGUCAUCUUCCAGCAAGACACUGAGAACAAGAGUCAGCCACAGUGUCGCAGCGAGUACAAUGUUUACAGCACGUUUCAGAGCCACGAGCCCGAGUUUGACUACCUGAAGAGCUUAGAGAUCGAGGAGAAGAUCAACAAAAUCCGCUGGCUGCCACAGAAAAAUGCAGCACAGUUUUUGUUGUCCACAAAUGAUAAAACUAUAAAAUUAUGGAAGAUAAGUGAACGUGAUAAGAGACCAGAGGGCUACAAUCUUAAAGAGGAAGAUGGACGCUGCAGGGAUUCGACCACCAUCACAACUCUACGGGUGCCAGUGUUUAGACCCAUGGACCUCAUGGUGGAAGCCAGCCCUCGGCGAGUUUUUGCCAACGCUCACACUUACCACAUCAACUCCAUCUCAGUCAACAGUGACAACGAGACGUAUCUGUCGGCGGACGACCUGCGCAUCAAUCUAUGGCACUUGGAGAUUACAGAUCGCAGCUUCAACAUCGUGGACAUAAAGCCGGCCAACAUGGAGGAGCUGACUGAGGUGAUCACAGCAGCCGAGUUCCACCCUCACCAGUGCAACACUUUCGUCUACAGCAGCAGCAAGGGCACUAUCCGUAUGUGUGACAUGCGCGCCUCCGCACUUUGUGACAAGCACUCCAAAUUGUUUGAGGAGCCAGAAGACCCCAGCAAUCGCUCUUUCUUUUCAGAAAUCAUCUCUUCCAUCUCAGACGUGAAGUUCAGCCACAGCGGCCGUUAUAUGAUGACCCGAGAUUACCUGUCUGUCAAGAUCUGGGACCUUAACAUGGAAAACCGCCCAGUGGAGACGUACCAGGUUCAUGAAUACCUCAGGAGUAAGCUGUGCUCGCUCUAUGAAAAUGACUGCAUCUUUGACAAGUUCGAGUGCUGCUGGAACGGGAACGACAGUGUGGUGAUGACAGGCUCCUAUAACAACUUCUUCCGCAUGCUGGACCGUACACAGCGGAGGGACGUGACCCUGGAGGCGUCGCGAGAGAGCAGCAAACCGCGGCAGGUCCUGAAGCCACGGCGGGUGUGCGCCGGUGGCAAGCGCAAGAAGGACGAGAUCAGUGUGGACAGCCUGGACUUCAACAAGAAGAUCCUGCACACCGCCUGGCACCCACAGGAGAACAUCAUCGCCGUGGCAACCACCAACAACCUCUACAUCUUCCAGGAGAAAGUGAACUAGCGCGCUCGGCCAUCGUGGCGAUAGAUAGAUAAACCUCCGAACCUCUGUCUGUGUGUUGGGGAGGGCGGGGUUGGGGAAAGAUUAAAUGAUGAACUAGCAAAGAAAAAUAAUCGUUUCUGUGGCAACCACCACCACUACCACCACCACAACAACCAACACCACCACCAUCAUCGUCGUCAUCAUCACGUACCAACGGGCGCCUGCUCCAGGACAGGGUGAACCGGCGGCCAGUAACCGUGGCAACCAAUACCGAGCCGGUUCAGACUGAUCUGGAGAAAGGGCAACCGGACAUCCGGGCUCCGGUCUCUGUGGCAACGUGACGCACGCCUUCCUCCGGUGAUGUGCCAUCUGCUGUCUGUACCAACAAUCCCCUUUUCCCCCCGUCACCCAUAAGUCCCAGCGGCAGGGCGAAGUGGGCAGCAGGUUCCAAUAUCUGUCAGACAUCAGCCAUAGUUUUUUUGUUUUUCUGUUUUUGUUUUUGUAUUCUUCUUUUGGUUUGUUCAAGGUGUCUGUGUAUAAAAACAGAAAAUUGAAUGGAUGUGUCCCUGUAUUCUUCUUUAAGCCUCACCUUAUUCUGUGCCAUUGUA